CGGCUGGGUCAGCUGAGUGACAGUCACGGGACCGCGACCAGCUCCGUCUGGCUUCCUGGAGGAGAGGGAGGGAUGAGCGGGGGUCUCCGAGUGUUGCAGGACAUGGAGAAGGAGCAGGAGACUCUGCAAGCCUGGAAGGAGCGAGUGGGGCAGGAGCUGGACCGAGUGGUGGCUUUCUGGAUGGAGCACUCCCAUGACCAGGAGCAUGGGGGCUUCUUCACGUGCCUCAGUCGCGAAGGGAGAGUGUAUGACGAUCUCAAGUAUGUCUGGCUGCAGGGGAGGCAGGUGUGGAUGUAUUGUCGCCUGUACCGCAAGCUCGAGCGCUUCCGCCUCCCUGAGCUUCUGGAUUCAGCUAAAGCAGGUGGUGAAUUCUUGCUGCGUCAUGCCCGAGUGGCACCUCCUGGGAAGAAGUGUGCCUUUGUGUUGACACGGGACGGCCGCCCUGUCAAGGUGCAGAGGACCAUCUUCAGCGAGUGUUUCUACACCAUGGCCAUGAACGAGCUGUGGCGGGUAACAGGGGAAGCGCGUUACCAGAGCGAAGCAGUGGAGAUGAUGGACCAGAUCGUGCACUGGGUGCGAGAGGACCCGUCAGGGCUUGGCCGGCCCCAGCUCCCGGGGACCCCAGCCUCGGAGUCCAUGGCGGUGCCCAUGAUGCUGCUUAGCCUAGUGGAGCAGCUUGGGGAGGCGGACGAGGAGCUAGCAGGCAACUACACGGAGCUGGGCAACUGGUGUGCCCAGAGGAUCCUUCAGCACGUCCAGAGGGAUGGGCAGGCUAUACUGGAGAACGUGUCAGAGGGCGGCGAGGAACUUUCUGGUUGCCUGGGGAGACACCAGAACCCAGGCCACGCGCUGGAAGCUGGCUGGUUCUUACUCCGUCACGCCACCCGGAAAGGUGACCCAGAACUUCGAGCCCAUGUUAUUGAGAAGUUCCUAUUGUUGCCUUUCCGCUCUGGAUGGGACCCUGACCACGGAGGCCUCUUCUACUUCCAGGAUGCCGACGGCCUUUGCCCCACCCAGCUUGAGUGGGCCAUGAAGCUCUGGUGGCCACACAGCGAAGCCAUGAUUGCCUUCCUCAUGGGCUACAGUGACAGUGGGGACCCUGCCUUACUACAGCUCUUCUACCAGGUGGCUGAGUACACCUUCCGCCAGUUUCGCGAUCCAGAGUUCGGGGAAUGGUUUGGCUACCUGAACCGUGAGGGGAAGGUCGCCCUCACCAUCAAGGGGGGUCCUUUCAAAGGCUGCUUCCACGUGCCACGGUGCCUAGCCAUGUGCGAGGAGAUGCUGGGAGCCCUGCUGAGCCGCCUUGCCUUGGCCCCGGCCCCCGGCGCCCGGUUUCCGCCCGCUGUCCCCGCCCGCCAAGGAGCGGAAUAAAGCUGAGCCUACUCCAC